AUGGAUUAUUCGAAUUUACGAGCGGCCGCCCUGCGCAACGCAGAGGAUGAAGAGGCCGUCACCGUCGACACCAGGGCCCUCAUCGACAAGGUUCUGGCGCGGUACUCGGGGGAGUGGACGACGCUGCGAGAGCUGAUACAGAACGCGGCGGAUGCGCAGGCCACGUCCGUCACGGUCACUUGGGAGACGCUGCCCUCGACCAGCGUGCCCAUGCCGAACACGACCGACCGAUCGGACCAGCUGAAGCAUGUCAUUGCAAACCACACGCUGCGCCGGCUUGUUGUCCAGAACGAUGGCCAGCCGUUUAACCAGCGGGACUGGGGUCGGCUGAAGCGAAUCGCAGAGGGAAACCCCGACGAGACCAAGAUUGGCGCGUUUGGCGUCGGCUUCUACAGCGUCUUUGCCGACUGUGAAGAGCCAUUUGUCAGCUCUGGUAGCGAAGCAAUGGCCUUUUAUUGGAAGGGAAACUCGUUGUUCACAAAGAAGUCGAAGCUUCCCGAGGAACAAGCCAGCAAGUUCACGACAUUUGUUCUCGACUAUAGAAAUACUACCACGCCCAUGCCGAACCUCUUGUCGGUUGGCCAGUUCUUGGCUACCAGCCUGACAUUUGUUGCGUUGCAGAGUAUAGAAUUCAAAAUCGACAACUACACCAUCCUUUCCUUGAAGAAAAAGACUUCGCCCGUUGUUAACUUGAGUCUUCCCAAAAACCUUGAACCAAGAACAAAGGAGGGGCUGAUGAAGGUGGUGGGGGUUGACAGAACAAGCACGCAGAUUGAUGCCUCAUUUAUGAACGUCAUUGGCUGGAAACCACAAAGUGCAGCUGCGUCCAAGGUUGCAGAUUCGUUCAACUCAAACGAGGCGUCCUCAUCACUACGCUCGUUCUUCUCUCGUCUGGCAGCAAACGCUUCUGGUGCCAAGUCCAAGGCAGCGGUGGAGGAAAACAAGGUGCAGAAUCUCAUUUCCGAGGAUGUCACCAAGAUCAAAACGUCGUCCAUCUUUCUCCGUGCAACCUCGGCCGAUGUGCAGACGGUUGUUACUUCUUCCUUCGCCUCUGAGUUGGAACGAGCUACGAAGAAGCCACCGCCAGCCAAGACGAGACUGUCGAUUUUGACGGCGUCCUUUGACGAGGCUGCCGCUUCCGAGUCCGCGUCAUUACAGGACGGUACUGGCAAUGCCACCGACGUCUUUGCUUCCGUCUUGCCCAACAAGAAGCCCGGCGGGCGCAUCUUCAUUGGGUUCCCGACCAUGCAGACUACAGGAGCGGGAAUGCACUUAUCCGCCCCGUCUGUCAUCCCCACGGUAGAGCGUGAAGCAAUUGAUUUGAAUGCUAGAUGGGUGCGCACGUGGAAUAUCGAGCUCCUUCGAGCCGCCGGUAUCAUUGUACGGCUAGCGUUCGUCAAUGAAAUGGCCGACUUGCACAAAAAGGUCACUGGCAGCGUUGAACCCGGUGCCGAUAUUACCGAGGCGAUCAUCUCAAAGUAUUUGCCGGAAGCGCUUCACAUCCUUGGCACAUACACCUUUGCAGAUUCCACACCUAGCUCCCAAGUCGGCCAAAUCAUGGAGGAGGCUUUCUGGACCUGCUUCAAGAAGGCUUCGAUUGAAAUGUACUCAUCAAGAGGAGUGUUGCAAACCUCGGAGGUGCGCCUUGGAAUCGACGAGCUCGCUGCUUUUGUCAACAGUAUUCCUGUGGUGCCAAAGCAAAUGUCUGACGCUCCGUUUGUCAAGAAGCUGAUUGACUUUGGUCUGCUAACGCUUAUCAACGUGGGCGACAUAAAGAAAGAGCUCGGGGCCAAAGCGUUGAGCAAGGCGCAAGUCAUCAGCUUAAUUACUUGGCUGGGAAAAAAGACUGUGACUGGAGAGCUGGAUCCUGCCAGUCGCUCCGCUUUGCUUGAUGUGGCUGUUGCUGCAGUGGAUGGGGGUGGCAGUGACGGUGGCAGUGGUGAAGUGAUAUUGUUGGGUAGCAUCACCAACUACCAUAGUCUGGCACGGAUACCGGCUAACAUGCCAAUACCGCCUACCACGAUACCAUUCUCAUUCACUGUCAACUCAAGCGCCGCUGAGCUGCAGUCUCUGGGGUGGGAGCCCCUAGAAAUCGUCCCUUGGCUACGAUUCCUUCUUGAAACUACAAAUAGUCGAUCUGAGGAAGAGAGCUUCACCAAGUCUGCCAAGUUUGCUGUCCAGGUUUUGACCAUCUUAUCCAAGAACUGGGAUACACUGAGCAAUGCCAGCCGCAAUACGGUUACCACGGUGCUGCAGAAUCGGACGGUCAUGCCAACAAAACUAGGUAUGAAGUACCCCGCAGAGGCCUUCUUCCCAACUGUCAAAUUGUUUGACGAUCUGCCGAUCAUCCAAGGAUGUGAAAAGGUCAAGGAAAAGUUCCUCGUGGCCAUUGGUGUCCGGAAAACACUCGACUUGGAGACAAUUUUCACUCGGCUGCUGAACACCUCGGAAAGGGGAGGCCAACAGAAAUGGAGCCACAUGGAGUUGAUCAAGUAUCUUACUUCGGUCCAGGCUGAUAUUCCCUCUGCUGAUAUGAAGAAGCUCAAGGAGUCAAAGCUUUGCCCCGCAGAAGCUGGACCAAAGGGUAUGGAGCCAACAUGUGGUACCACUACGGUGUUCAAAGUCUCCGAACUGUUUGAGCCGCAAGAGACUCUCCGAGCGCUCAAGCUUCCUCUGCUGCAGUGGCCUGGGCCUCCUGGAAGCUAUCGCAGCAACGGUGCCGAGGCUCUUUUCCUGAAGAGCUUGGGUCUGCGGACAUUUCCGUCAGUCCCCGAGCUGGUAGAGAUGAUGGCUUCCGGAGAUGCAGCCCUGCGCGCCAACGCCAUGACAUACUUCAUCACCAAUCAUCAUCUGAAUAUGUACGGCGCUUUUGACGUAAGCACCUGCCGUAAGCCGAUCAUUCCGUUGAAGGACAGCAACGAGCUUGUCGUGCCGUCUGCCUGCUUCACGAAUCCGCGUGUCACUGUUCUUGGUUUCUCCGUACUGAGACCUGACCUGCAUGACCAUGCCAACAAAUUUGGCGUCGCGAGAGAUCCACCAAUGCUCGAGUGUGUCAGCCGCCUCCUUGCGCGCCCGCCCCGGGAUCACCAAUCAGCAGUAACACUCUUUGGGUACUUUGCAUCUCGUCUGAGUGAGCUCGGCGACAAGAAUCUUCUGAGGCUUCGCAACGCCCCUAUUGUGCCGAUUUCCCGCUCAAACAGUAGCACCACGAAGGAAAAGGGAGGAGGCAGCCUCACCUUCAUCACACCGGGUCGAACAUAUCUUGGUAGCUCGCCGACUUACGAUGCCAUCUUUGACUUUGUGGACUUUGGCAAUGAUGCUAACGCAUUCCUUUUCAAAUGCGGUGCCAGAAGUGAACCGACGAAGAAGGAAGUCGCCGAAAUGGCAUGCAGCGAGCCCGCACGACUAUUAUCUGCUCUCGGGAACAUUGAGAAAUAUCUCAACCUUCUCAAGUCGUUGGCGGAGGAAAGUCACAUUUUGCAGCGCGACAAGGCUUUAUGGAGUCGGAUGCAGAGCUCCAAGUUCCUGCCGGCUUACAAGGAAAUAGCCACGCCCACAAAAGGAAAUCUCAUCGAUUUCGAAGACGAGGCGGAGCCUGUGAAACAAUAUCAAUUCGCUACUGCUAACCAAGUUGUCGUGCUGGAUGACAUAGUCAGUUAUCGCCUAUUCAAAGAACAUCUGAUUUGUGCCCCCGAAGAGGACUUGCUUGAAGACUUUUACAUUCAGCUUGGCGCACACCGACUGAGUGCCAUGGUCGAGGAAGAUCUUCGAAUUGGUGGUCGCGCAUCGAAAGAUGCCAUUGCCCAGCGCUUCCGAAGGCACGUUAUUGAGCGCACCAAGAUUUUCCUGUACGAAUACGCUCACUACCGGCGAGACUUUAUCAAGCACGACGCAAAGUGGCUUGACUCAAAUCUAGUUGUUGAAGUUGUUCGUUCCGUUGCGUUGCGAAGAACUCUCAAGGGGCAGAGUCAGUCGCACGCCGAAAGUCGCUCCGCUGCCGGGUCUUACACCAGAGGAGCUUGGAUUCUUUACGUCGCAGAUGAUACAAAACCCGACAUGUACCAAUUCGGGCAAGCCAUUUGUCAAAUGUUGCUGAAGCGCCCAAACCAGCAAGCGUACCUGUUUUUUGAACCGUUUCUUACGCUCGACCUUUACGCCCUGCGGGACAGAGGCUACAACGUGGAUCGUAUCCUUCGCGUUAAAGCGGCAGAGGCUAGAAUGGCGGAAGAAGAGAAGCGAAAAGCACUCGAAGAGGAACAAAAGACCAUACGCGAGCAAGAGGCGAAUCGGGUCAAUCAAGGCAUGAUAUCAGAACCACAGGCUGCAGAGGCAGCCCGUGCCGUCCCUAACGUCCCGGCUCUGCCAGCUGCUCCAUCCACCCCAGCGCAGGCCAAGCAGAAACUCCCUGGUGCUUGGUCGUCUCCCGAAGACAAUGCCCCGGAGCCGUCUAACCUGGGUAAGAAGAGCAGAGGGUUGUUUUCGAACUUAACAAAACGCUUGGGCUUAGAUACCCCAUCAGAGGAACAACCGCCGCCGUAUAUCGAGUCGGAGCAACGAGACAGGCAAAGGGGACUUCAAGGAAGCUCCAGCGGAGGGGCGGAUACCGGCACGGUCACCAGCCCGACAGUGGUGCAGCAGAACCUCACCAACGCAGUCAACGCAACGCGCGCGCACGGCUCCAGCUCUGUCUUUUCGCAGCCUGACGUCAAGGAAGUCAAGGAGCAGGCGACGUACUGCGACGAGAACUCGGCCAAGGACAUUCAGCACGUAUCCAACGCGCCCAACGGGCUCAAGAUUUACACGGCGCGCCACAUGUCGGUUGACCCGCAGCAGUUCCUAUCAGAUAACCACGAUGCCGUCAACGCCUUUGCCAACCUGCUGGUGGACGUGGGCCGCGUCUACGGACUCUCGUCGACGGUACUACAUAUUUACUACGACGAGCGCGGCAACACCAUUGCCUUCAACACGGGCGGCAGCAUCUUUUGCAACCUGCGCUUCUUCCUUCAGCUGCACGCCGCGCGGGUCGGCCCCAAUGGUGGCAGUGACGGUGGCGCGGCCUGGGCGGAUGCGGCGACCUGGUGGUGGGUUGUCAUUGCGCACGAGCUGGCGCACAAUCUCGUGACGGUGCACAACUCGAACCAUAGCUACUAUACCGAGUCGUUUAUCCAACAGUACAUGGGACGCAUGGUCACGCAGAUCACGCAGUGGACGCAAGGGGGCCAGUAG